GAUAUAGAAAAGACUAAACUGAAUUAGAAUAAGUGCAGUAUACAGUAAUUUGUCUUAUAUACUGUAUAUGGUGUUAUAGACGAUUUAUCCAUUGAAGAAAAAGUGAGCAUUAUCGGUGGGACUUAUUAAAUUGACGGAAGAAGAUUACAUUGAUAGUGAGGAAAUAUGUCAGAAUCCCGAGCAAGUUCCUCCUCCACAAGAGUCCCAGCAAGUAAACCCCCCUAUUUGCCAUUGUUAGUGUGGGAGGUGGCGGCCGUCACGUCAUUGAGUGGAUGGGAUAAUAUCAAAGUGCAAGUUCGUGGUCAACUGACUGGCUUUACCCCCUAUGAUAAUACUGCUAUGCUGCGUUCUAGAACGUCAAAGGAUUGCAAAUCCAAGAUUAUGGUAAAUGUUGAGUUACUGGGCAGCUGCAGCAACCUGAAUUUCUCUAUUGUAGUUAUUUUUGGUGAGCUGGACGUAAUAAAUGGCAAACCACUCAUCAUAGCUAAGUUUCUUCGUGAAUGCAAUACCUUGAACUUAGAACUUGCUGAAAAGGCUGAUGAGUACAUUCGCAGCCGCUUCCCACUCAACCUCCCCCUCAAGUGACACUUUCGUCUUAUCUUAUACAAUAAUAUUUUAGUAACUAGUGUGUAAUAAAUAUAUUUAUAGAAUUUACUUUAAAGAUUUUUUGGAAUUUGCAUUUUAACACUUGGUUCUAUGGUCAGGUUAGUGAGCUGGCAUAAGCAACUGACAUAUGAAUAUUGUAUAAAGAAAUUGUUGCACUCUGUCAUGAGAACUAACAGUGCUCUGGAUACUAGAAGGUUUGCGUCGUACCACAGAAGGCACAUGUUAAAGCCUAGAAAUCUCUGUGACUCUGUAUAUUUACACGAACUUGCCCAUCAACGUGAACUUGGUGAUGUUCUUCACUGUGAUCCCAUAUAUGUAAAUGAACUGAGAAAGCACUGUUGUAAAAAGAGUCACUGUGGCUUGUCAGAGCUUAGCAAACUCUUGCAUCGCAGUGAACAUAUGCAACGUUGGGAGCAUUAUGAGCAGUACUAGCAAGGCUGAAGCUCUGAGUGAUGAUCUACUGGAAGGCCAAGAGCAUCUUGACGAUGCUUCAGUGGACACAAAACAGUGCACCAAGGAGGUGCCUGGUGAAGGUAAAACACAGGUGACACACUCACUAACUGGAAAUGAUGCUUGUGAAGAACAAGUGUGCAUAAGUGGACACAGUGAAAUAGAUGUUUCUGAUAAAGGAAAACAAUUAAUAGUAAAAGGUGCUGAAGAUGGGCAGGAAACAAAGACAAAAGAGACACCGGAGGCUUCUGUCUAUGAGAAUAUUGCUGGUGAAGUAGCAUCAGCUUUUGUAGAAUUAGGAGGUGUUGGUAAUGAGUUAAAAACUGCAUUUAAAGAUGCUCAAAGUGAAUUUCUCUCUGCAGUGUGUGAGGUAAAGAGUGAACUUAGCCAUGUACUUGGUAAUUCUUCCCGAGUCAGUUCGGGUGUCUCUGAACUGGCCGGUAAAGAUUUCGACAGCGGUGAGAGAGAUUCCGAGGGCAAUAUUAUAUCUGUAAAGGUUGAAUCUAUGUCUUCUGAUGACACUUGUAAUUUUAAGAAGGUAGUUGUAAGUCAUAGUGUAGAUAGUGAGAGUGUUGAGGAGUCUUAUGUGAGUGAGACCAAGAAGAGUGUAAAGCUGGUUGUUGAUGAAUUUGAGGACGACGAAGUUAGAGUAUGUAGUGAACACUUGAUGGACACCUCACAACCUCAACCUACAAAAAUGAACAACAUGGAUGUCAAUAUUGAAUGUAGUAGACUGAUAUCAUCCACUAGUGUAAAUAUAUGUUCCAAUGUGCUUGCCAAAAAUGAUGAAAAAACAAAUAAUAAUAUAUCGAUGGGAGAAGAAGUCACGGAGGACUUGUUUAAAGAUGUAAGGAUAGUUGACAGUGAUGAGGAACGCCAUGUGGGAACAGAAAGAGGAAACCACUUUGAUGAGAGUAAAGUGAUUUCAGUGCAGAGAAGACAAGUUGAAUAUCAUUUAUGUGAGAGAGAACAGACUGGUAAAAUGUUGAGUAUUGAUAAUGAUGGGAAAGGUUUGAAAGCUCAGCCACUCUCAGCUCCCUCCACUCCUGUUCCUUCAGCUUCGAACUCGGCACGUAAAAUACUGAGAUCUCAGGGAUGUCGAGCUCGGAGAGUUUCAUUCCCCGAAGACGAAACCCAUCUGAUCUCUAGUUAUUUAGAGCCAGUUAAUCCAUGGCAACAGAUGGCAGGAGUCACAGUAGAAGAGAUAGCAGCAGCGUACAGAUCGUCGUGCGAGCGGCACCGUACUCAGCCUCUUCCCGGAGUGUUACAACAAAUUAAGGCCUUGCCAUUGGCCAUUGCAGGACGUGUGGAAUGCCUCAGUCUUCGCGGUCAAAAAUUGGAGGGAGGACAGUGUGAAGGCUUGGAGGAAAUAUUCAGAAGAGUACAAUUUAAGAUCCUAGAUCUGGAAGGUUGCUCUCUUGAUGAUGAUACUGCUAUACCCCUGUUUGAUAUGAUUGAAUUUUAUGACUCUGCAACACAGCUAAAUAUUUCAUGUAAUGGAAAAAUUGGCUUUAGAGGGUGGCAGGCUUGUUCUAGAAUGCUGAAACGUACUCCAUCUGUUGAGUAUCUCGAUGCCCGCAAUACAAAUUUGAAUGAGACCAACAUGCCUAUAUUAGGUAGAGCGCUGCGACUUGGAGCUCGGUUGCACACGCUCCACUUAGAAAACUGUAACUUGACCGGUCGACCUCUCAUCAUGCUGACCGCUGCACUCAGACAAAAUGAUACUUUAGCUGAAUUGUAUUUGGCAGAAAAUAGACUCGGUGUCAAUGACUGCAUACAACUUGGUAACCUAGUUCGUGCUAACAGUACUCUUCGUCUCCUGGAUUUAAGAAACAACAACGUCCAAGAUGCUGGAUGUGGGCACGUGUGUGAAGGUAUAGCAGAGCAACAGAAGCUGCAGCAACAACAACAGACUGAGACCAAUGUUUCCACCAAUAAGAAAGGUUGUAUGGGUCUCCACUCUCUCAUUCUUUGGAGCAAUCACCUCACCCAGCAGUCAGCAUCUCACUUGGCUGGGAUGCUCACAGUAACUAAAACCUUGGAAACGUUAAAUCUGGGACGAAAUAACUUGACUAGUGAAGGAAUAUUACGCCUAAAAGAGUCACUGCUCAGAAAUCAUGCCUUACUUCGUUUGGGUCUGCAAGCAGCCCGAAUAGCGGACGAAGGAGCUGUGGCCCUUGCCGAGUAUACGGCGGACAACAUGGCCAUUCAGCACAUUGACUUGCGGGAAAACCCGAUACGCGUGGCCGGUCUAAUGGCUCUGGCUCACUCUCUGCGUCUGAACUCUACCAUCAUCCAGAUGGACAUUGACUCAGACCCAAGAAGUGAGCCAGCAGCAGAAUUAGCAGAGCAACAUUUUACCCUUCAGAAAGAUAUAAAAGAAUACUGCCAGCGUAACUUAACUCGAAGUCACUUGCGUGCUUCAGAAGAGCAAGCUAAAGAAAACAACCAAGGAUGUCCUCAGGUUAAAUCUCCAAAUGAAGGAUUAUGUCUUAGUGGAGCAAUCAGAAAAAUUUCGCUCACUUGUGAAACGACGCCAAACAAGGCAUUUGUUGUUGAUAAAAUUGAAGGACCAAAUAGAGGAGAAGAAGAAAAGCAGAAAUAUACGAGUCCAGCCCCAAGCCCCCUCCCGAGUCCUUCUCCCAGCCCUUGUGCCAGUCCAUCACCCAGUCCGGUACCCAGUCCCCUCAAAAAUAGAUUUAGGGUUUUCCGAGUCAACGAGGCCGCCAAGAGUUCCCCUGAACUAAUAUCAGGUUGUAGCCAAACCACAAUUCUUUGCAGUUCAGUUCCUGUUUCCCAAUCAGGAAGAAGUAUGUCUGCAGGAGAUCUUAGUCUGCCACCAAAACAGAAUUCUAUGAGGCCAAGUAGGGCCAGUACCGGUGGCCGCUUCACCGUAACUCGGGUGGCAGAACCAUCUGGCUCUCAAAGCUUACCUUCCGAACAAGGGAAAGUAACGUGCAUGUCUGGUACUAGUUUCACUUGUACUAAUUCUGCUUCUGGGCCAAAAAUUGUCAUUUCUUCUCCAGUUAGAGUAGAAAGAGGUUUUAGUGUGGAGGAAACUUCACCAUCGUCAGUGGUCAUGGAAAGAGUCGGAGAUAAAGAAAAUAAGUGUGAGUUGGAUAAAUCUGUAGGUUGUAAGUCAGUUGGUCUUCCAGAGGAUCAGUCACGUUUACCACAACGUCCAUUAUCUGGUCACGUUGUCAGACUCAAGUCAGAUGGAGAUAGUGACGAUGUGUUUGUGGAUGCCGUCAGCCUCAAAACAUCCUCCUCGGAGUGCCAACGCAGAGAGCUGGUAUCACAGAGAAAUAUGGCUGUGUAUAAACCCAGUCAAGUUGAGAGUCAUAAGAGUGACAAGGACUCUGACUCUCUAAGUUCCAGUGAUUUGACUGAUAGUGGAUUUCUUGAUGAGGGUGUGUGUAGCAGGGGGGGUGGGAGUCCAUCACCAAGUCCAAGCAGUCCACAUCCCGAGGGCGAUAGAGACUCAUUAUUGAGCUCGUCAGUGGACAGCACUAGUCAAGAGGACACAAGCCUAGGAUUAUCUGUAGACAACAGUACCAUGCAAAGUUCACUGCCUUCCAUUCCACUUCUACCAUGCACUCUACAGCAGACAGAUUUGCUCCCAUUGAAUGAGCCUCCAAAGAGAGCACCACUCGCUGCUAUGGAAAAUGGUAGCUUUGACUCUGACAGUGAGGACAGUGAGUUGACAACACAGUCAUCAGACUCCACCCACAGUGACGAGAUCCGCAUCACUACCGAGCAGUACGAACCAAGACCUGCCUGGGGAUCAAAGCAAGAACCAGCAGAGGUCACGAUUAACUCCAAGGCUUUAACCUCGUCGGGUUCUCCGGGAACCGGCUAGAAAACUAGGCAAAAGUACUAAGUCCUUGAAUGAAUUUUCAAUGUGAUACAGUAAGAAAAUUUGUACUUUACCUCUACAGCAGCAAUUAAGUAUGGUUGUGUUGACUAGGCAGUUAUUUAGCCAUCUACUAAGUUCAGAGAAAUUGUGGCAGCAGUGCUGUCACUAACUGUAAUCAGUGUCAUUUAUAUGAUGUAUUAAUCAUACACAAUUUACCUCACUGGCUCUCAUUUCUAGCUGAUGCCCUCUGCCAGAUGACUGUUAUUACUGUGUGUGCCUGGAGUAGUGGGGUGUUGACUAUUAUACCUUACUCCCCUGGGUAGCUGGGCUGAUCUUCUGGUCUCCCGUCCUUCCCUGUUACACUCGCUGUACAGUACUGUACUGUACUCAAGGUUAGGAGAGUAGAUGCAAAGGUUGCCUUCUCAGGACUCUUGGUGUCUAAGGUGAUUUAGUGUACCUGGUUGUAAUUUUCUCGUAUAAAUCGCCAUUAGACGUAAGGAAAAGGAGAUGUGGUCACCCAAUCUUAAACUCCUCCCUUUUAACUAAUGGGAAUGCUUGGUUCCUUUAUUUUGGUGGGGAGGUCUUUUGUGUCUUCCAGACAACAGUGUUGAACAUUUGGGCAGAUGCUUUAUUUAGGUACAUUAUCUGUUGUUACUUCCUGAUUUACUUAAUGGAUUUAUUAUCAAUGGUGGGUGAUCACAAGUUUCCAGCUUGUUUAUCACCCGUCCCACAGUGUACUACCCAUUGGCUGGUUGCUUUCAACUUGGAUUGGAAAUUUUGGAAUUUGACAUCCAUCUUCUCCUUCCAUUUCCAGGCUGUUUGAAAGCUUAAACUGUGCCAUGGCAUUUCACAUUUUGUCGCGUCUCUUUGGCGCAGGAAGAAUUGUUUUUUUCUCGUGUUUCAUCUUUUUCUGAAGCCUCUUGCACUGUUGUGUCAGCAGGUACUAUUUUAUAUACUGUACAUCAUGUUUAGAUCUUAUAAGGUCCUGAUGGGUCCCUAGUUUUUGAUGGGGUAAGUUACUUUUUGUUUUAAGGGUGAAAUACCCGAGGGUCUUUGCUGUGUAGACUAUGUUGUUGUAUUGCCUCCUGCUCUGGGUCUGGCAUCAUUUAUCUUGAGUGGAGUUUAGUGGGGCUUUUUCCCUUCUGCCUUCACUUUCUUCUAACUCAAUCUGCACUGGACUGGUUCAAGGGAUCUUGGAGACGGUUUCACUAUGACCCGUCUCCGAGAGAACACAUUAUGCCCACUGUUGUUGAGACUCAGAAUACCGAUGGCUGCUAAUGUUCCUAGAGGCUUCAGGAUGUCAUUGGUUGACACAGUACUCAAGUCCUUCAGUGCUGCAUGGUUGAAGUAGCUCUUCCAGUCCUGAAGAGUUUGUACUCCCAUUUUCAAUUUUUUGUGAUGGCUGUUGUAACAAGAGCUGCUUCAGAGGGCAUCAGCUACAUACUGUAUAGGAGAAUGAUCCUAAAAUCUGAUUUUUUUUAGUGAAGCUCAUACUCAAGCAGCUCGGCCUCCCUCUCCCUACCUUAGGUUCUUGCACGGUUACCUUGGAAACUGAAUGUGAAUCAAGAUGACUGAUUGUUCCUGGAAACAUAGUGGAUGUACUUAGGUGAGUGUGUAUACUGAUUGUGUUGACAACAUGCUCUGUUAAGAGGUCGUGGCCUGAGAAGGUAACCUUGGCAUUUAAUCUUCCUCACUUAAGGUGUAUUAAUGUGACAGGGAAGGAUGGAGCUCUCUCUUCACCACCAGCACACACACAGCAGCAACAUGGCUAUAGACUAGGCUAGAAAAUAGGAUAACAGGAUCACUUCCCCAUUUUUAAUAUCAAAAAAAUUUCCUUAUUUUUUGUCAAAGAGAAUUAUGGACAUCUUUUAUUUUCUUGUUUUGAAAUUGCAGUACAGUAGUUAUAUGGAAAUUACUUCAUUGUUAACAAAAUACCUGUAAUGGUUUAGAGUGAAGUCAGUAAUUAAAAUUACCAUUUUCAUUAACUACAGGUACAUGAAAUUUUCUUUAGAGUUUGUGAUACAAGUCUCAGUUUGAUCAAAUAUAUAUUAAUAUUAUUUUAAUGUUUUCUGUCAUUCUGAUAAAAUAUAUUUACUGUGUCAUGUAAGCUGGUAAAUCAACUACAAGCAGAACAUUAAAGGAAAUAGCAGACAGCUUUAGCUUUUAUUUCUUUUAAUGUCUUGUGGUCAGUUGUGAUAUACUGUACUGUACUCUAUAUGUGUUGCAUUACCUCGUUUGAAGCUGCUUUAUUAGUGUAACCCCCUUUAAGAAUGCAGUGAGAGUAAUCAUUGAUUCAAUACUGUACAAUGUAAUUAAUGUGGUUUACAAGAGAUUCUUUAUUAUGUUUUAACACUUUAUUUUGAUUGUUUUCUCCACACAAAAGCUUUAAACAGUACUAAAACAUCUUACUUAAUGAGAUCAUCAUUGUGCCAUAGAAAUAUAAAUCUUCAUACACCUGAAUGUUCAUAUCACAAAUCAAGAGUUGUCUUUAUGUGCAAAUUAUAGCCACUCCAGUGUCCUGAGGAGGAUGAGAUGCAUUUUGUAGUUGGUGAGAUGUGGUAUGCAUGUUGUGGGCACGACUGUAAGGUACUGUGUUUCUGCUUUUCCCUCUUCUGUUUCUCAUGUUUAAAUUCUCAUCAUUUGGAUUUUAACAGAGGCAAACUACACUUAUGAUCAACAAAGACAUAUUGAGAGUUUCCUAUGAAGUCUUUCUCAGAAUCAUGAAAAUACUGGUAAAUACUUUUUCAGAUAUCAAGGACAAGUGUGGUGUGUGUUUUAGCAUAGCAAGUCUUAAAUUGAUAUAACUGUGUCAACAAAUAUUAUGGGCUCACAAGUACAAAAAAUAAACUCCGUGUUGAAUUACCUAUUUUCCCUUCUUGAAUGUCCUAUCCCUUAUUUUUCUCUCUCUCUCUCUCUCUUAAGAUAUUUUUUUAAUUCUAUAUGUUCUUAAGGGAAUCUUUGGGCCUUCCUUUGAAUACACAGAAAAAUUAUCAUCGUCUGAAAAGUCAUUUACAAAGUCAUUGUCUUAAAGAACUCGCGUGCAAAAGUUUUUAGUACAGAACCUUGCAGAUGAGCUCGGGGAUCACCACAAGGGGCCGCCAUGUUUUGUUUUCAUUCCGCCAUGCUUGGAUUCUUUGCGCUGCAGAAAAAAAAAUGUCCGCCAUGCUUCAAAAUUCGUAAGGUGUGUAAAAAAUGUAUUUGUUUAUAGUCUUUUCCCAGAUACAGUAUAUGAGUGACGGUAAACGGUAAUUGCCUCCGAUAAUGCCAGUAUUUCUUGGGGUCAGCCGUCAUGUUGGUUUAUCAAGUAAUUGAACUCUGAGUGUGUAAGCUAGUAUUGUCACAUCGAUAAACCUCUUCGGAUACUUCCACCCUUGAGGAAUUUUCUCUGGUGAUCCCUGGAAUUUGUAAGGAAUUAAGAGUGUCUCAUUAUCAAAUAAAGUCACAUGACAACUGUGUAUGUGCUAACUUUUCUCAAAACUUCUGGGUGAUGUAUGAGCACUUUUGAUUAUGUUCCUCAAUGAAUGUCCUACUGUAAGCCACCCCAACUGUAGCAAAACUUUGAAAUUGUUACUUUGUCUCUUGAGCAAGGUUUAUGUACAAGACUUAAGGAACAACUAAAAACAUUGCAGCCAAGUUUGCUUCUGUACUAUGCCUAUAUAUUGGUAGGUUGUUAUGUAAUGUCUUAUAUACAGGCAUAAAUGGCUAUACUGUAAAUGGUUUAUGUAGGAUAAUACAUUUGAGAUUUUAAUUUCAUGAUCACAAAGCAGAUGGUAUGAUAUGCAGUACUAGACCUUUACUCUGCUUGCUUGUUCUGUACAGUGUUUGUGAUUACCAUGAGACUGAUACAAUUCUGAUUUGUUAUUUACUGUCUUUUGGUUUACCAAGAUUUGCCAGCACCAGUCUUGUUCCUAGAAAUAUUGCAAAGUAGCCUUUACCAACAGAGGUAACUGGUCCAUCAAAUACUGGUGCUACUUGUUGAAUAAUUAUAAAAUUCAGUGCUUUUUUAUUAUUAUUUCCUGAUCGAAAAUGAACAUAAUAGCUUUGGGAAAUUUGUAGAAUUAGACUAGCGAAAAAAAAAAGACUAGCUGAGUUUUAUUGAUGAGAUUAAGCGAAGCAACAAAGAGGUAGAGGGUGGCAUUUUCUUGGUUAUGAAGGCUGGUAGCUGCUACACGUGAGCUAGUGUCAAGCUCCGGUGACUGGUACAAAUCCAUCAAUCAUGGUGAGGACGGGUUGUGUGGCUCUGGCUCACACUUCAGUGGGGGAAGUAAGAGCUUCUGCCAUUGAAGAAGAGUCGUGAGGAUCAUUUUCCUGUGUCUCGUCAUAUUUAGAGCAGUGUUACAGUUAUUGCCACAAGUACAUUGUUUCCAUGUUUAGAGUGCUAUACUUUGUAAUAUGUUUAUAAACAUUCUAUUGAUUGCCUGUUUUUAAAUAUUUUGUACUUUUCAUACUGGUAAUGGAUGGCAUGUUCAGAACCUUGUAAAUUUCAAAACAUUUUUCAGUAAUUAGACCUGUGCAUUUUAUAUUACCGAAGUUUUUUGUAAAUGAAGUACCUUAUGUCUUACCAGUGUUGUGUUUACGGAGUGAAGACACUUUUGUCGUUCAUCUGUUUAAAACAAUAAUCAUAAAUAUUUUCUUCAAUUUGAAACUCUUGCUUUUUGCCUCCCCAAAGCAAGGAUCAUGUACAAGAAUAAGGAACAGCUUCUGUGACAAGAGCACCCUUUUUGAUCCACAUGUAAAUUCAGUUAAUUCUCCGCUCCAGUUCGCAACCGGUGAGACAUUGUGUUUGGAGGACCUCAAGUGAGGAUCAGAAUUGGUGUUGGUGUCAGCACUAUUGCGUUGCAUGUACAGAUGUAUAAAAUAUGUAGAGCUGUGAUCACGGUAUGCUAGCUGAGCUCCACCACUUACCUGGAUGUUAUGUUGUAAUUUUUUUUUGGGGGGUAAAAUGGCCUUAAACGGGCGAUUGCUUCCGCCACUGCAACCAUCCUGACCUACAUCAUGACCACUUCCAUGCUCACUUAUAAUUUAUUUAUUAAUUCUUCUACAACACCAUCUAGCAUCAUACCAAAUAUACCCAGGAGUGUUGGAUUUAUUUUUAUCACACAGAGCUGUAUCUGUACUGUACGCAUUGUUCAUAUAAGACUGGUGCAAGAAGAAAUUGUGUUGGGCCUUUGAUUUAUAGAUAUAUAUAAUCUUCAAAACAGUGGAAUGGCUUAAAAGGGGACCUGCAGUGUGCCAGCCCUCCUUAGUUGUUUAUAUUCGGGAAAAUCUAAAGGUAACAUUUAUUGAUGGACUAUAUGUGAAUUAUUCAUGGUAAAGUAGUAAUUCUUAUAAUUGUUUUGAAUAUUAUUGUCACUGAACUGGAAUAUUAGGUGGUGUCUGGAGCAGUUUUUUAAGUUGGAAACUAGGUGAAAUUUUACCAAGGCUCUUAAGAAACCACCCAUCCAUGAAGCAGGUUUUCAUGCUGUAAAAGAACUUCACAAUUUCUUUUUGAACUAAGAAUAAGUGAAACAAAGCGAGCGUUAGGAAGAGACCAUUGAGGAAUCUGUCGUAGUGAUGCUAGAAGAGUACUUGUCAACAUUGUCCUUGGAGACGUGGGUAGGUGAUGUGGUGUGUGUGUGUGAUUGUGGACAUCUGCCUCAUCUUCAGGCAGCACCAGACUCUCCUCACCCACAUAGGGAGGAUCAGAGAAUAUCUUGUUAUUGUUGUUGUUGAAAGUUUUAUUACAUAUAUUAAAGCAACUAGGUGCUCUAUCCUUACCUAAGCUGGGAACCUUGAUAGCUGUGUUAUACCUUCACCCGGUUUUAUGCAGGUGUAUUGAUUUAACGAGUACAUAUUUACCCUAGAGGAAUGGUUUUAGGUUGUAACCCAUGUUUGUAAUGUCUUAGUGACGUAUCCUUUGUCUCACAAUCUUGGGAGCUGUCCUCUCAGUGUUGUUCUUGUCAUUACGGAUCCUCAGAGGUGACUAGAAGAUGGCUGCAAAAUAGUAAACAUUGGGAACAUGGGGGUUUUGGUGCUUUGUAAGGGUUGGGAUGGUGCGGUUGUGUGUACUACAUAUAUCAAGUGGUACAAAUAUUUUUCAAUUGGAUAUUUGCUUGCUUGAGAUAGUGUUAAAUGAUAAUGAUCCUGAAACUACUAGAAAUGGACAGUCAUCUUCACUGUUUAACUUUAUGAAUUAGCUAAUUAUGCUCUUAACCUCAGGUGUUUAAAAGACUCAGGAUUGCUCAUACAAACUGUCAUUCACCUAAGUGUAAAGUAAACAUUUCUGAAUAAACAGUAAAAAUAAUUCAAAAAUAUAAUAUUUAUAUAUAUUAAGUUAAAGUUUUAUGAGGGGUAACUGCGUGCUUCACUUGAGGGAUGCACAUCAGAGCGCAAACCCCGUGUGAUGCAGAACUUUGACGGUGACUUGUGACCUUUAUGUUUGACCUUACUCCAAAAUCAAACAGUUCUUCCUUGGCCAAUACCCAAGCCAUCAGCCGAGUUUCAUCCUUGUAGGUCAAUCCAUUGUUUUAGAUAUUUUCUUCAAGACACAUGGACUAAUUAAAAACAGUAGCUGUUAAUAAUAGACUUAAACUGUGAACAUUUUGUAUAAAGACCAGGAAACUGGCAGGUCUCCUCUCUCAGCAGCAUUCUCUUUGGAUUGCAUGAAGGCACCAUACUGAAUAUCCCAAGAUGUAUAGAAGGUAUUUUAUAGCUCGGUCAUUCAUGCAAGUACUGUAGUUGUUGAUGUCAGAGUUGCAAAAAUAUUUCUAAUAUUAUCUGUUCACUGAACCACUGUCUAGAAUAGGAGCAGAAUAUAAGGAUAAAUCAUCAUCACCCUUCAUCACUACCUUGUCGUUAUUUCACAACUGCGAUCCCCCCCUCCCCCACUCUGGCCAAUGAGUUGUUACAGAUUUUAUCUUGAAUAUUGAUGGCCAUUCUCAGGAGGACUUCCAAGAUCUAUAGAUACACUCAGGACCUACUUCAGUGCAUAUUCUAUGUUUUAGCUCAAAAUGUAUGAAAACCUACGAACUCACUUGUCGUGUUUGAAUGGGAAGGGGGAGUGAAGGUACGUUCCCUUUUUGUGGAAAUGUAUUUUUGCAAGAUUUUGUAAGUACAGAUACUAAGUAGUAUGUCAAAACUUUUCCAUAAAAGUUUUACACAAAGGGGAAUGCCCUAAGAAAGGGAUAGUGUUAUCAUGAGAUGUGAUGGUGCCCAGCCCUUUAUACUGUCAUUAAAAGAUAUAUAUGUUUGAAAUAAUACAUAUUUUCUUGGCGUCAUUACUGUCCAUGCACUACUCAGUCCUAUCUCAAGUUUAGUUUCCAUUUUCCCAAAGACAUAAAGUCAAUCAUGAAUACAAUUAACCCAUGACUCACCCUGACACUCACUCGGUUCACAUGAGCACUUUUAGUUAUAGUGGAAUGCAUGGUCAUCUCAACCAAUCAUCAGAUAGCAUAUUCAGAGCAUAGUUCUCGCCAAUAACCCAUUACCUCACAUAGACAACUUCAUGUGUGUCUCCUUCACAGUAAGCACACGGUAGCUGUACUUUUGACAGCUUCUUGGAGUCCUUCUUGUUGCCCUGGACAAAAGAAGAGAAGCAUCAUCCCCACAGGGUACUUACUCAUACAGUUUUAGUUAUAUUUUAUUACUAUACAUAAUUAAGCGUAGAUUUUUUUUGUCGAGUAAACUUAAACUGUUUGUUUACCUCAUGGUUGAAAAUAUUCUGGUUGAUCUCUGACUUUUAUGAGAAUUUGUUAGGUUGUAUUUGUUGUAAUUAUCAAAUGUUAUUUUAGACCAGCAAAUCCUCUUAAGUAAAUUACUUUUAAACAUGCAGGGUACAUAUUUUGAAUUAUAAUAAGCCUUCAAUCAUAUUAGUUUUUAGUAAUUUUGAAUUGAUAGUGAAACUGUAAUUUACCAUUGCAAGUCUUAAUGUAUUAUUUACAUUUUAUAUUGUAUUUACAAAGAGUGUUGUAUGGAAGUAAAAGUUAAGUAUAAUUGUUAUGAAACUUACAGCAAAAUCUGGUACAUUAACCUGCACAACCAUAAUCCCGAUGGGUCAUAAGGCAAUAGUUUCCAGUAGUAUAUUUUAUGAUUUAUAAAAGACAUCAUUUAACCAUAAGAUUGUAUGCUAUUUAUGUCAUAUAGGUAUUUAUUUCUUUAGAUUAUAUAGACACUGCUGGUGCAUUGCAAGUGGUGUUAUUUAUUGCUGUAUAUUGCGAGAGAAGUUGGGCACAUGUUAUAACCUUAAAUAUUGCAGUACUGUAAGUGUGCAGGUAAUGUAAGUCUUAGUGCUGUACUGUAUAUUGAAGAGUAGGGAUAUUAUCACAUUGAAAUCAUGAUGUAAUAUACUGUGUGUAUGUAUGUAUAUAUUUGCAUAUGUAUAUUCAUGUAUAUAUAUACACAUACACAAAGAAGAGAUUUAGAGUUGAACUGAUAUAUUUAUCACAUUGUAGCCGUGUGUUAUGGUGGUGGUCGAGCAUGGUGUAGGUCAUGUGUGGGAGGUGCCCCAAUGUACACACACACACAAAGUUAAACUUGUGAAACACGGGUGUAUGGGAGGAAGGAAAGGAGAGGCUAUGAAAGCACUAGAUAUGUUUUGUGAGGCGUUGGACUGUGGCAUUGAGGUAGGAAGGUCAUGUUGGAUGUUUAUAAGGCAGCACAUAGGAGGAACAAGACUACUGUAGGUGUGUAGGGCGGCAACAUCCAGGGUGGUGGUGGUGAGGCGUCAGUUGAGCUGUGAUAGCCAGGUAGUGACCACCCUGCAGAACAAUAAACUACCCACAUUAUCA